AUGGGCAAGAAGAAGAAAAGAGCCGAAUCAGAAGCCGAAGCAGAGCAAGAGAACAAAGUCGACAUUGUUAAUGGCGAUUCUCAUAAGAAAGACAAGAAGAAGAAGCACAACGUCGACAAAGCCGCGCUGAUACCUACCGUGAGCGUAGCCGUCCCCGGCUCCAUCAUCCACAACGCUCACCCUCGAACUCGCCACCAGAGUAUUUUCUCUCUCCGUUUUCUCACCAUCCAAACAGAUAAUUGCUUUAUGUUUCUCAUUUCACUUCCUCUUCAGUUUUCUAAUUAUGAUUUUUUGUUUAUUAAAAAAAAAUCUCAGUUGGCUGGUCAGAUUGCUCGUGCCAUGACGAUUUUCCGAAUCGACGAGGUGGUGAUAUUUGACAACAAGAGUGAGUCUGGCUCACAACCAGAAGCUAAUUCGGAUGAGGAUGAAAGUGGUGCUGCUUUUCUUGUACGAAUCUUGAGGUACCUUGAGACACCUCAAUAUUUGAGAAAAGCUCUGUUUCCAAAACAUAACAGCUUAAGAUUUGUGGGUAUGUUGCCUCCACUUGAUGCUCCGCACCAUCUUCGCAAACAUGAAUGGGGUCCAUUUCGGGAAGGUGUUACACUAAAAGAAAGAUCUCCUAACCCUGCGGGAACACUAGUUGAUGUGGGUUUGAGUAAGAAUGUCAUCGUUGAUCAAGUACUUGAACCUGGGACGAGAGUUACUGUGGCCAUGGGAGCCAACCGGAAUUUGGAUGCUGAUAUAUCACGCCAAGUUGUCUCAUCUUCCAAGCCUAGGGAAGAAGCAGGAACGUAUUGGGGGUACAAAGUGCGCUAUGCUUCCAAUAUUACUUCAGUAAGGAAUGAAUGCCCAUACAAGGGUGGCUAUGAUCACUCAAUUGGUACCUCAGAGCAUGGUCAGAUUAUUAAUUCCUCUGAUCUCACUAUACCUACCUUCAGGUACUCUUCUCUAAACGCGCUAACCAUAUAUAAGAUUGUUUUUCUAGAUGUUAUGCCUACUGUGUUGCGUAUUCAUCAACUAGAUGGCUUAGUUACUGGUCAGGCUCUUGAUGUACCUGGGAUGGAAUUUCAGCCUCCUUCAAUCUGUUAA